AGCAGACUGAUUGCUACAAUUACAUCUAUUCUACGUAAACCUGUGCACAAUGGCGCUUAUUAGUAUUAAUUUUAGUAGUCGUAUUCUGACCAUUCAUCUUGACAGUCUUACUCUGUCAAUAGCUCCCUAGCUAGAAAGCUAGCUAGCAAUGUUAUCAUUACAGCAUUGCAUUAUAAAGGCAAGCCAGCUAGGUUUCUGCAAUUGUCAGUGACAGACCAGAGCAUCUGCCGUGUUUUUUGCACAAGUCACUGACACUAUGGCCGACGGGUAACAGGAUUUUGUAGGCAGAGAUAUUGCGAGGGGCUGAAGAGAGUGGGAAAUGGAGGGAGGGACAUUCUCCGGAAUGAGGAAGAAAUGGUGACGCUAGUCUCGCUAGUCUCGGGGAUAAUUGUUAUCACUCAAAUAAGCGUUGAUUAGGUAACGUGCCCGAGCAGUGGGCGCACUGCGCGGGGGCUCGAUGUGCCUGCAGUCCGCGAGGCUGUGCUCGUGAGUGCAGAGAGAGAGGCUGCUUCUCUGGUUUGAAGAGCUUCGCUAGGCGAGAUGGCCGUUCAGGACUGAGGAAGUUUGGUGGUUGCACCGAACGAAUGCCCUGCAGUCUGCUAUCUGCUUGUGUCUUGUGGAAACUUAGGGGAAGAAAUCAAGCCAAAUAUUGCACCACAAACUGUGUACAUUGUCAGUCAUCUUUAUUAUGGACUUGUCAUGAUGAUUUAAUCAUAUUACAGUUUGUGUGGAGUAUAUUGUCACAGUGGAGUAUCUGGGUGUUAAAUCUUGCAGUUUCAGAUUUGCAAAGUAGCAGGAGGCUGAGGAGCAUUGUGGGAUAGCUGUCGUCACACCCCUUGCCAGUAGUUGUGAGGGAGAAGAGAUUUUUAGCUCGACUGGCAAUCAAUGCAUCAAAUCAGGCAGUACAAAUCGGUCAGUGGGUUUCUGGGUUUAUAGAUCAGUUAGUCUGCCAGUGCAGCAGUCGGUGUCAGCGGGGAACGCAGUGAUGGAGUGGUCCCUGGAGAGGGUGCGCGAGCUGGUGGCAGGUGGGAUGCAGUCAAUGCGGGAGUGCGAGUCCAGCGCUGUGGGCACAGCCUUCUGCCUGCUGCUGCUCUUUGUGUGGUACUGCUACCGCGUGGGCCGCGAGCACAGCGCCCCCACCCUGCGUGGAGGCUACAGUGCGGACCCGGGCAGGGGAGGCGGAGGGGGCGGCGGUGCCCUGAUCAGCCCCGAGGUGGGGGGCAGGGGCAAGGGGAGGCAGGUGGCCGGUGUGGAGGAGCAGAACGGCUUUGCCUACUGCCACUCGCCCGAGUGCUUCCGCUGCAUCCACGCCGGGGAGGGGCUGAACCAGCGGCUCUACCACAGCCUGCAGGACUACGCCAAGCGCUACACUUGGGCCGGUAUGGGCCGGGUCCACAAGGGGGUGCGGGACCAGGGCCGGUACCUCUCCAGCCGCCCCUCUAUCCAGAAGCCGGAGGUCUUCUUCCUGCCCGACCUUCCCUCCGCCCCCUUCUUUUCCCGGGAGGCGCAGAAGCACGACGUGGAGCUGCUGGAGCGCAGUUUCCCCGCCCUGCUGGCGGAGUUCGAAAGCGUGUACCACCACCCCCCGGCCAGGUCCGGCUCCUCCCUGCCGCCGGGGUGGAAGGCCAACAGCACCCCGCACGGGCAGUGGUGGACCUUCUACCUGGUCAACCAGGGCACCCCGCUGGCUCUGAAUGCCCGGCGGUGCCCCCGGGCCUGGAGGGUGCUGGGCCAGCUGCGCACCUUCAUUGCCAACAACGUGUUCGGGAACGCCUGCUUCUCCGUGCUGAGCCCCGGAGCGCUGAUUACUGAACACUACGGCCCCACCAACGUCAGGCUGCGCUGCCACCUAGGUCUGAGGGUGCCCUCUGGCUGUGAGCUGGUGGUGGGCGGAGAGCCGCAGUGCUGGUCAGAGGGGAGCUGUCUGCUGUUUGAUGAUUCUUUCCUGCACACGGCCUUCCACGAAGGCAGUGCAGAGGACGGCCCCAGGGUGGUCUUCAUGGUGGACCUCUGGCAUCCAAAUGUGGCAGCUGCAGAGAGACAGGCACUGGAUUACAUCUUUACUCCUGGCCGCUGAGAGAGAAAGAAUGAAAGGAAAAAAAGGGCAGAGAAAGGAGGAGAAAGAAAGCUAGAGUGAGGGAGACCCCUCAUCUCUCCAUGUACAUAUCUUUUCUUCUACUCUGAUCACCAGUUCCACUGAGUUGUAUCUUCUCUUUGGGACUCACAUUUGACCAAACAGACUUUAUCUAAAGUGCAAUGUAAUGUUUACAGUCUCCUCUCUAACCUAAUUCUACUGCUGAUUCAUCCCAUUUACAUUGUGAUAAUCUACAAUGCUGUACAUUGGAGGCACUUAAAUAUCAACACCCUCCCUAAACUGAAAAAGAGGUAGACAUUUCACACAUAUUGUACUACACUGUUGGAUUGAGCACAUAUGAAUCUUGUUUACUAGUUUGUCAGAGACAAUCUGCACUGUACUGUAAACACUUUCUGAUACAGAUUUACUGUUGACGAGAUAUUCGGGUAACGAGAGAUGUUGAAUUCAGUAUCAAAUACUUUAUAUUGCUAUUCACCGGCGGUGGGAACACAUAGAAGAAAAAACACUUGAGCCAGUUUCUUACUGUUUGAAGUUUGUAAUGUGAAAUCUGUUAUAGGCUCAUUCGGUGAAUAAUGGGCAUGCAUAUCUAGCUAGAUUAAUUCUUUUUCUGUGUAUGUACAGUACUCGUUCUCUAAAUGACUUUGAAGUUAUUGCAUCAGUUAUUCAUAUAUUCAGUGUUCUUGUAUGGGACGACUUUUGUACAGGUUUUGGAAUUUUAAAAAGUGGUUUUACUGCUGAGUGAGAUUUUAUACUCAUGUUCUGUGAUAUUCUGCAUUCCAGUUUUAUGGUGACAUUUGCUUCCAUUGCUUUCUGUGCCGUGAAUUUUGCAACAGUAAAUUCUUAAACAAAAAAGGCGAAGACCUUUUUUUUUUACACAAAAUGGAUUAAUUGAAUAACUAUAAGUCUACCUGAAA